AUGAAGUCCUUCACCUACGUCGUUGCCGCCCUGGUUUUGGCCCUCGCUCUCUCGUCUGUCGCUUUGGCCGCGCCUCCAAUCACCACUAUCAUUACCACUACUGAGUCCGGAAAGCCCAAGCCUACCCAUAGCGAGUCCGUCUCCUCCUCCUCUGCAGCGUCGACCAGCAUCACCAGCUCGGUCACCUUCCCUGUAAUUACCACCACGACCUCUGUCGCUGGUGGCACCACUUCCUCCUCCGCCGUGGCCUCACCAACGAUCACCAACAAGCCCUCGAGCGCGAAUUCCUUGGCUGCCAACUCGUUCGUCGCUAUCGUUGGCUUGUCUCUUGCCAUGGCCAUCGGCUUCUAA